CUUUAACGUUGAAGUGAGGUGUAGGUACCUAAGUAGUAUUUACGUAAACACCAAGCCAGGUGAGAAGUAGACAUACUAGGUAGGUAAGUAUAUAUAUAUAUCAACUCAAUUAGGUAGGUACUAGGUAUCUAGUAGCCAUACCAAUUACACCCCAUAUCCAAGCCCAAUAAAUCGAACUUCAGGAGCUCAGCAACCCCCCCCCCCCCAAACGUCUACACCAUGGGAAACCUCAGCGCCAAAACCCUACCCAUCGUAGACUGGGCAUCCGCAUCCGACAUCCCGGACCUGAUCGCAGUGUGGUGGGACUCGUUCAACGACGACUUCAUCCGGCGCAUCUACCCGCAGACGCCCGACGGCAGGCAGUGGCUCGAACGCGCCUUCGCGAAGAACCUUGCCCCGCGCACCGAUCCCGACAUCCCCGCCACGGAAGUCAUUAUCGUGCGCGACCCGGAUACUGGCCUCCCCGCCGCAGUAGCCGUAUACCGCAUCAUCCCCGAAGGCAGCGACGCAGCGCGGCGGUCAUGGCGCGCGCGGUGGCCCGCCCUUGGCGAUCUGCCGGAUAUUCGGGAGGACGUAUGGACGGAGUUCUACGACCCGAUGGAGAAGACGCAGGCGUAUCUGUUGGGGAGUCGUGGGCACGUUUAUCUCGAAGCCCUAGGCACGAUGGCGCAGCACCGGAAAAAGGGAUACGGAACAGCGCUUGUCCAGUAUGGCAAUGAUUUGGCAGACAAGUUGGGCGUGGAGUGCUACUUAGAUGCGAGCGAUAUGGGAAGGCCGGUGUACGAAGCGAAUGGGUACGUGGUCCAGGAUACGUCUGCGGUGGUGGAGAAGCGGGCUGGUGUGUCGAUGGUGCGGCCGAGGACACGGAAAGACUGACGGAUACCCUUGACAAGGAAUCAAUAGCGAGUUUAUAUGAGAGGUACCAAACGUCGCUGUAUGAAGCUUUAAGCCCCAUGUCAGCAGAUAAUAUUGAAUGAUAUGACCAAAUCGUGCCUUCACACCGAAAGGGUCAUGUCUAGCUAAUGUAAGAACAUCA